AUGGCAGUUACGAUUGAACAAAUAAAAAAAAUGUUAAAAAAAAUGUUUAAGGAGUUUAGGAAGGAAACAGAAGAUAUGAUUAAACAGCAAGAAAAAAACGUUUUAAACAUUAUAAGUUCGAGCACAAAAAUUUUAUACGAGCGUUUGGAUAAAAUUGAAAUGCGUAUCAAUGAAAAUAGUAAGCAAAUAAAAUUGAUAGAAAAAGAAAUUGAAGACAUUAAAGUGAGUUUAAACUUUCAUGAACAACUCAUUGAAAAAAAAAUUCGAAGCGUCAUUACUUCACAGGAUAAAUGUAAUACAAUAAACGUUACCCAAAACAAUGAGUCUGCAUUUUCUAAAAUUACCAACAAAUUAAGAGAGAUAGAGGAUCGAUCCCGGCGGAACAAUCUGAGAAUUGACGGAAUUAAAGAAAGCGAAGGUGAAAGUUGGAAUGACAGUGAAACAAAGAGCAUGGAAAGAAUUGGACAUUCGAUUGAAGCAGAAAAAACUAUUGACGCUGAAUAUCAACGAAUUAUUGAUAUGGAACUUCAGCAUUGGAGAGGAGUUAUAAAAAGAAUUAUGUCAAUAAUUAAACUAUUGGCCUCACAAUGUUUAGCUUUUCGUGGAUCAACUGAACAUUUGUUUUAA